AGCAUCAUUUACAUCUCACUAUUUCUUGAAUAAAACAAGAGAGCCCCGACAUACAGCUUCUUCAAUUGCAAUACCAUAGUUAACUCGUCUUACAAUACUAUACAAAUCAGUCAAAUAUCGCACGAUUUUGCAUUAAUAGCGAGAAAACCGCAAAAAUGCACACCCCCCUCGCAACCCUCGCAACCCUCCUAACCCUCCUCUCCAUUCUCACCCUCACCACCGCGCAAUUCGGAUUCUUCGACCAAAUGUUCGGCGGCGGCCAACAAGCGCAGCAACGUCAACAACCCCAAAACGUACCAAGCGACUCCUCCAUCUACCGCUCCAACUUCGACCGCAUGCACUGCGACAAUUACCUAUGUCCAGACACCUUAGCCUGCGUUCACUUCCCCCAUCAUUGCCCUUGUGCUUGGCCCGCUCACGAGGAUAAGUUUGAGAUGGGUGAGGGUCACCGGAUAUGUGUCUCGAAGGGUGGAUUCAAGCCUGGUGAGGCUGCACGAAAAGUCGAACUCGCUCGGAAGGGAUUGCUAUGAAUUAUCGAGAUGUCAAGCUCUGAAAUGGUCUCGAGGGAGGAAAAGGAAUAAUAUCGAAUUGCUUGUACGGCGUUAUAGAUACCGCUUAGACUGAGUAUCAAAGUAGAAUAUCAUUGUAAACUCGGGCACCUCGAUUCGACAAUGUCAGUCUGUCCAUCAAAUCUAAUCAAAUGACGUAUUAGUGAAUGUUCUCAUUGAUUUUGAAGACAAUAGUCCUCAUGGCAAAGCGUCUAUAGCUAUAACUACAACCCCGAU